UCCAAAUGAACCAACAAUUUAUUUUCACGUAAGAUUUAAAAUUAUAGCGCCAAAACUAAAAAAACUAAUAAUGUAUGACCAUGAAACAAAAAGGUAUCGGACUUGAAGAUUUUCUUUUGUUCAAAAGGAAAGCAAACGAGUAGAAAUGCAUUCAAAGCAAAAUACAAUUAGGGUUUUGGGUCAACGAUCAAUUCCUUCAUCUUUCAUCUUUCGCUCUUCAAAUCCUAGCGCUAAAGAUUCAAAUCAAGACGAGCAAAGAGAAGAUUCAAAGAAGAGCCCCCGCAUUUCUUUUUCUGAUUUCCUUGACAAGAAGUUGCACAAAAGUUCUGUCCUACCCAAAACAGUUAAGGGGAAGUCAAGGCCUUUCUGGACGCCGUUAGGUCCUCCUAGCAAUGGUGGCGGGUUUACUGGUCACCAAAUUGAGGUUCAAAAGGAAAAGGAAGAAAGGAGUUCUGUUCUUGAUGAUGUGGUUUUUCAGCAGUUUAAGCCUACUAGAGUAGAAAAAGGAGAUGAUGUAAUUUCGGUCGGUGAUGGUGAAAAAGGAGAUGGUAUGGGUCCAUUCAGUGAAAAACAAACUUCUAGCUCUUCAUUUGGCUUAGGUUCAUCUGGUGAUUGUGAUUUUGGAACCUCCACCACUUCAUCUGUUAUAGGUUCAAGUCAUGUUGGUAAAGUAGGAACCUCUACUGUAAAUGAUGUGCCAGGAUCCAGAAAGAGGAACCUAUUUGGAGGUGGUGGCCAGAACCAUACUGCACGAAAGCCUUCAUUAGUUUUGGGAGUUCAUCCAAGUCCCAAUCAAAAAGGAAGAAAAGAAAGCUUCAUUGGCAACAAAAAACAAAGGCCUCUCUACAAUCAUUAUGCAAACGGUUCUGGCUGGUGGGACUGUGACAUGGAAGGUGUCGACUCGGAGGAAGUAGGCUAUGGUGAAAUAUGGGAAGGGGUAGGCUCCACUACAUUUGGAGGAAUAGAAUGGCAUUAAUUAAUUGGUCUGUGAAAGCAUGUUCACUUGCGGAAAACACCUUCUCGGAAUGUUUUUAAUUAUGUUUAGAUUAACAUAUGUUAAUCAGAUUAUUCUGUAACUCAUGCAAAUCAGGAUGACUGGAGAAUUAGCUCACCCUCUUAUAUCGUCAUCCUGAUGACAUCCCAGUGAUUGCUCCACUUCUCAAAAUGGUUUUGUAGAAACAUUAUGUCUUGUUGUAGAAUAUAAAUCGGAUGCCAUAUUCUGGAAUAUAGAUUGGAACCUGUCUUAUUA